UGCUUGUUAAGUUUUAGCUGUCAAACUGCUCCAGCUGCGUCCAAGGCCCGCCAAGCGGAGCUGAGCCAUGCGAAGGGUGCAAGUGGUGCUGGGUCACUUAAAGGGCCGGGCCUCGUCGGACCCUGGGCAGGCUCUGACGGCCGAACCGUGCCGGGGCGGUGCUCUACAGGCGUCUCCCGAGGACAUAGUGGUGGUGCAUGGACGACGCACCGCCAUAGGCCGAGCAGGCCGCGGUGGAUUCAAGGACACCACCCCCGAUGAGCUUCUCUCAGCCGUCAUGACUGCGGUUCUCCAGGACAUGAAGCUGAGCCCGGAGCAGCUGGGGGACAUCUGCGUGGGUAAUGUGCUUCAACCAGGGGCUGGGGCUGUCGUUUCUCGUAUCGCCCAGUUUCUGAGCGACAUCCCCGAGACUGUGCCUUUGUGUACCAUCAAUAGGCAGUGUUCCUCAGGCCUACAGGCGGUGGCCAGCAUUGCAGGUGGCAUCAGAAAUGGGUCUUAUGACAUUGGCAUGGCUUGUGGGGUGGAGUCCAUGUCCCUGGCUGACAGAGGGAAUCCGGGAAAUAUCACUUCACGCUUGGUGGAAAAGGACAAGGCCAGAGACUGCCUGAUACCCAUGGGAAUAACGUCCGAGAAUGUCGCCGAGCGGUUCGGCAUCUCACGGGAGAAGCAGGAUGCAUUUGCGCUGGCUUCCCAGCAGAAGGCAGCCAGAGCCCAGAGCCAGGGCUGCUUCCGCGCCGAGAUCGUGCCUGUGACUACCACGGUGCGUGAUGACAAGGGCACUGAGACUCGAGUCACUGUGACCCAGGAUGAGGGCAUCCGCCCCAACACCACUAUGGAAGGCCUGGCCAAGCUGAAGCCAGCCUUCAAGGACAACGGCUCCACCACGGCGGGAAACUCCAGCCAAGUGAGUGAUGGCGCCGCUGCCAUCCUGCUGGGACGGAGGUCCAAGGUGGAAGAGCUGGGCCUCCCGAUCCUCGGGGUCCUCAAGUCCUAUGCGGUGGUUGGCGUCCCACCUGACGUCAUGGGCAUCGGCCCUGCCUACGCCAUUCCUGUGGCCCUGCAGAAAGCAGGACUGACAACCAGGGACGUGGACAUCUUUGAGAUCAAUGAAGCCUUCGCAAGCCAGGCCGUCUACUGUGUGGAAAAAUUGGGGAUCCCCCUGGAGAAGGUGAACCCUCUGGGGGGUGCUGUGGCCUUGGGCCACCCGCUGGGCUGCACCGGGGCACGGCAGGUCAUCACACUGCUCAACGAACUGAAGCGCCGUGGCCGGAGGGCCUAUGGGGUGGUGUCCAUGUGCAUCGGCACCGGGAUGGGCGCCGCAGCCGUGUUCGAGUACCCUGGGAACUGAGCGUGCGGGGUCACCACGGCGCAGAGAAGAGGCCAGAGAGGUCAGCGAGGCUGCCGGAGCCCCCCAGGUGCUUCAGCUCCACCAGUCCAGAAUGGGGCCGGUUCCAAGACAACGAGAAUGUUUUGGGGAACGGACUCGGUGGCUGAACGGUUCUAAAGGCAGAGUAAAUGUGUGACC